GUUCCAACAUGGCGGACGAAAAUGAUUGAUACCCGUGUUUCAGCCUUAACGAAGACUAUAAUUCAAAAAGGAACUGGACUAGAAACACCGAAUUAUGGAACAUCAUGUAAAGUCAAACUGAAGAUUUCUUCUCCGGAUGGCACAAUUCUUCAUAAUACCGAGAAGGAAGUCGUUAUAGGCGAAGGUGACAAUGAGGUAUCUGAGACCUUGGACAGAUGCCUUGAGUGUAUGCAUGCUCAAGAAGUCUGUUCGAUACCUUUUGAUGAUGACAAUUUGUGCCAAGAGCUUGGUAUUGUCUUUGAAAGGGAUCUAAAAUGUGAAAUUGAACUUCUUUCCUUCUCCAAGGCAAAAGAGCCUUGGGAAACUACUCCAGAGGAGAAAAUGUCUCUUGCCAAACACCAUAAAGAUAAAGGAACAGAUUGUUUCAAGUCUGGAAAAUGGUCCUGCGCUGGAAGGCGUUAUAGCCAAGCCCUUAAACAGUUGAUUUUGAUAGACAAUACAUUGUCUGAACAGAUGGAAGAACAGGAACAACUGAAGGCUGCUUGUCUACUCAACUUAUCUGCAUGCCAAGGAAAGCUAGGACAGUAUGACUUUGUAGCACUUAACUGUACAAAGGUACUAAGUUUAUGGCCAGAAAAUAUUAAAGCUCUCUACAGACGUGGACAGGCAUUUGUUAUCUUGAAUGAGUUUGAGAAGGCAAGAGGGGACUUAGAGAAGGCUUUGACACUUGACCCGUCUAACAGAGCAGUUCAAUAUCAACUAAGAAUUCUAACGGAGAAGGAACGGAAACACGAUGAAAAGUUGUCCAAGGCAUUGGGUGUGAUGUUUGGACGCAAAAAGUAACCGACCGGCAGGACUUCUUUCGCAAGACGGAUUGGGAGAGUCCCAAUGCGCCAGAGUGUGAUUUUUCUCUAAUCAGUGCUUACGCUGCAACGCAUUGCUCAGUAAAAGAUCCGUAGUAACCCACAACAUUGUA